AUGAUAAUACUGCUGCUGUCAUUUACGGGUAUUGUAGUUGCACAGAAUUAUGUAACUGUCAAAACGUCUUAUGGUAUUGUACAAGGUCGUACGGUAGAUUACGGAAACGAUAGAAGUCAACUUUACUAUGGACGAGCUGAUAUUUUCCUUGGUGUACCCUAUGCCCGAGCACCAAUUGGAGAUUUGCGAUUCAAGAGGGCCGUAGAUUGCGCUCCAUACAAUCAAAUCUACGACGCGACCUACUACAGGCCCAAAUGUCCGCAGUUGUAUGCUGGAGACUAUGUGAAUGAGGAUUGCCUGUAUCUGAAUAUAUUUACACCUAAGGCUGGCGCUCAACCCGGAGCCGCAGUUAUGGUGUUCAUCGACGGUGCCAAUGGUUUUGGGCAAGGUGGCUGGGAUUCGACGACUCAGAAAGGAAUGGUGCGAAAUCUCGUAUCUCGCGGUGUUGUCUGUGUAACACUACAAUACCGGCUAGGAGCCCUAGAGCGUCAAGGUGUACCAUUAAGAUUGCAUUUUCGUGGCCGCUCGCAGGUAAAGGAAUUCAGGACCUUGUAUGGGUUUGAGGAUAAGGCUUGUACUAUAGUACUAGAUUACAUGCUGACCAUUGGCAAAUUGGCGAGUUAG